AAAACUUUAAACACGAACCUUUAAUGCCAUAAAAAUGUAAUUUAUCUAAUAACACUGAGUGAUCUACAAGAUUGAAUGCUUUGCUCAAAUUACAAGCAGUAAUCUGAGCAAAGCUCCCGUCUUCAAAAGCUUUAAUAAUUUUGAACAACAUCGACUCAAUUGCAUCUAUUGUGGAUAACUUUUUACGAAAACCAAAUUGAGUCUCGCUAGGAAAAGAUUUAGCUUCUAUCACAUUUCUCAGUACAGGGGCAUCGACAAACGCUUUUUAUCUUGGCUUGCGAGGUGUGAAGCCCAUGUUUAUCUAUAGUCAACCCCAAGAACUCCAAAUUUGAUGCAAAAAGUGUACACUUAUCUUGUUCCGCAGUGAAACCUACAGCCUUGAGGCGUGCACAUGCACUACUAGACUUCUCUACAAUAAUGAUAAUAUAAGAAUAAAGUUGUUGCCAAGCAAUGUUAAAAAAAUUCCAACAUUUUAAUUCACUGAAGAAAAUAGAAAAUCAUAAACCAAAUUUGUUGUUUGUAGCAAUCAUAAUCUUGCAUCGUUUGAGAAAAUAAAAAUAGCGACUUCAACAGCCUUUAAAAAGAAGGAAUAUAUGUAAUUGGAUAGCAAGAUAUUGAAAGUAUAACAACUGCUUCUUGCAAUGGAGAAUAAUAAUGAAGCCAAGGAAGUGACUAAUGGAGGAUUUAACUCUGAUAACACUUCUUGGGCAUCGCAGCAAGAUUCUACAAGUGACCUGAAUGAUUACUUUGAAGGCAGCAGUAAAAAUUCACUGCACAAAUGUAGACCAACAGUGGCACUGGAGGCUAGGACCUCCCCGUCGUCUGAAGGAGGAAACUGUGAGGUCUGCCAACUGCAGAACGCAGACACGUGUGUCGUGCACUUCGAUAACUCACACAUGUCAUUCUGCAUGGACUGUGCCAAAGAAUGUUACAGCAGGGGACAAUUUUGUCCUCUCUGCUCCAAACGAAUAGUUUAUUUCUACAAGUACGAUAAUGUUUAAAUAUAAUAAAAUGACUUGAAAUCUG